UAAGAAGAAGUGUUUGCGUAGCGGAUCCUCAGUGGUUUUAUCUCUUGUCUUAUCUCCGUGUAUUUUAGUGUUGAUGAUGAGAGAUGAGAUGGAUGUGAUUUGCUGUAAAUCAGAAGAAACUGAUGAGGGUUUACAGGAUGAUGAAUCUACUGAUCAAACCUCCACAGAGUCUCUGGAUUCUGUCUGUAACGCUGGAGAACAGCAGCAGAUCCUGCAGACCAAACUCAACAUGUGUUCAGUCAAACUCAUCGACUGCACGAACCUCAUGAUGAAGAUCAAAACUGAACCUACAGAAAUAAAAACUGAACCCACAGAAAUAAAAACUGAACCUACAGAAAUAAAAACUGAACCUACAGAAAUAAAAACUGAACCUACAGAAAUAAAAACUGAACCCAAUGAAUACAAUCAUCAUGAUUUCAUUCCUUCAGAUGAGAAGAGUGAACCAUGUUCGGCUGAAGAAAUAACGUCUUCAACAUCAAAAAAGCGACUGAUGGCACAAACUCUUUCUUGCAUCACCUGUGGAAAGACAUUCAGCUCACAGAGAAAUUUAGAGAGACAUGAGAGAAAACACACAAAACAGAAACUCUUCACCAGAUCUGAGAUCAGCUUUACUACCUUACAAGAGAAGAAACUUCAUUCAGAAGAGCACACAGACAAGAAGACGGUUUGUGUCUCUUCUUCUAGUCUGAACAUUCACAUGAGGACACACAGUGGUGAAAAAACUUUCAACUGCAGCGAGUGUGGCUAUUACUUCAGCACCAAAGAAAGUCUUGUUGUUCAUAAGAGAAUUCACACAGGAGAAAAAACAUACAAGUGUCCUCACUGUGAGAAGACAUUCAGACAUAAAGGCUGUUUGAAGACACACAUGCGUUUACACACCAAAGAGAGACCGUAUCAGUGCAGUGAAUGUGGAAAAACAUUUGGCGAGUCAAGUUCAUUAAAAUCACACCAGAAUAUUCACUCUGAAGAGAAACUCUAUCAAUGUUCACACUGUGAUAAACGUUUCCGUCAUAAGUCUUAUCUGAUAGUCCAUGAGAGAAUUCACACUGGAGAGAAACCUUACGUCUGCUCUCAGUGUGGAAAGAGCUUCACUAAUCCAGCUCAAUUCAGAGUUCAUCAGAGAGUUCACACUGGAGAAAAUCCUCAUCACUGUAAUGUCUGUGGGAAGAGUUUUAAACAACAUGUGAAUUUAGUGACACACCAGAGAACUCAUACAGGUGAAAGACCUUACAAAUGCUCUCAGUGUGAGAAGACGUUUACUCAGUCAGGUUCCUUAAAAACCCACGAGAGAGUUCACACUGGAGAGAAACCUUACGUCUGCUCUUACUGUGGAAAGAGCUUCGCUAGGCCAUCUCAAGUCAUGGUUCAUCAGAGAGUUCACACUGGAGAGAAACCUUAUCACUGUAAUGUCUGUGGGAAGAGUUUUAGUCAACAUGACAAUUUAAUGACACACCAGAGAACUCAUACAGGUGAAAAACCUUACAAAUGCUCUCAGUGUGAGAAGACAUUUGCUCAGUCAGGUCACUUAAAAACCCACGAGAGAGUUCACACUGGAGAGAAACCUUACGUCUGCUCUCAGUGUGGAAAGAACUUCUCUGAUCCAUCUCAUUUCAGAGUUCAUCUGAGACUUCACACCAGAAAAGAAACCUUAUCACUGUAGUGUUUGUGGUAAGAGUUUUAAUCAAUAAUCAAACUUUCAAAUGCACUCAUACAGGUGAAAAACAUAAAAAAAUGAUCUCUGUGUGAGAAGACGUUGAGUCAGGUCAGUUUCCUUAAAAGCCCAUCAGAGAGUUCACACUGGAGAGAAACCUUACCUCUACAUCUGUGGAGAUAGAUUCGCUAAUGUAGGACCUUUUAAGACUCAUCAGAAGAAACAAACUGAAGAUCAAACUACUCUGAAAUCAUUGUAGCUUUAUGUUGAUUUAGAAUAAGUUCAGUGAACUUUCAUGUCGAUUGGAAGCCAAAAACAUUGUGUGUGAGACAGUGGAUGUGGUUGUGUGUUUUGGGGGGAAAAAAACAAAGGAUAUUGUCUUGAAGAUUUAAUUAAAUGUUCUAACUUUACAGCAGUUCUUGUAUAUUAUUGACUUCUAAGUAAGUCUAUAUCUUACAUAACUAUAUCAGUGGUGUAUAAAGAUCUUACAUAA